AGUAGAUCCACGCGUGGAGUACGUCACCGAAGUAGAUCAAGGAGGUCUCCGGCCGGGUGCUGCGGUUCGGCGCUGUGGCGCGUCGAGGUCGUCGCCGUCGCGUCGGCUGCGGCGCGCCGCCUCUCCUCUCUUCGACACCUCGGCAUUGCGCUCAUUGCGGCCUGACCAUGGCCGGCGCCGCCGUUGUUCCUCAUCGAGCUUCCCAUGCUGGCGAGCGCGCUGCACAGGGUGAUCUCGUUCGGGGUCGUCAAGCUGGCGCUCGAGAGCGACACCCGCAGCGCGCGCCGUCGGCUCGUGGAGGAGUACGUCUGGGCCAUCUACUGCAAUGGCUGCAAGGCCGGCUAUGCCAUCCGCUGGAAGGAGGCAUCCAACAACGAGCGCCACGUGCUGUGUCUACUGUGCGGCGUGUCCAUGGGCCCCGACGUGUUGCCGGCGGCGCCCAUGUAGGAGGACGGCGUGCCAGCGGGGCUCGACGGUGAGCUCACGUACGUGCGCGAGGCGAGGC